GGCGUUAGUACCGAAGGGAGCCUCCGUGUUGGAGGGCAGUCUGAACCCUUCGGCUCUGAUGAGCCAAAUGCUGCCGUCGGCCGACCGACUAGCCCUUGCCCGGUUGGACGAGGGAUCCCUCAAGGCGAAGGUCCUCCUGAAUGCUGCCUCCAGCUUUAUGGGCCUCUGCGAGCACCUCCGGAGGGUGGAUCAAAUGAGGGAGGCCAAGGGAGUAGCCGAGGGGGAGGCCGCCCUCCUCAGGAAGAAGCUUGCUGAAGCCGAGGACUCUCUUCGUCUGGCCACCGACGGCAUAGAGCAGAGGGUGCAGGCUGCCAGGACCGAAGGGGUUAAUGAGGGACUGGCCAGGGCCGGGGAGGCCGCCCGCAUUGCUG